UCCUUGUGUUGUUUCUUCCGGUGACGUGUUUCUGUACUGAACACGUCACACCGGCCUGUUGUUGUGACUCUCUGGGUUAGCUUAGCCGUUAGCUUAGCCGUUAGCUUAGCCGUUAGCUUAGCCGUUAGCUUGAGCUCGUCGCCGGGAAGGAGGCGCGUGAACGUGAGUCCAGCAUGGAGGACAGGUACACGAGACCAGGUAACCAGGAGCGGGGCUGGAACGACCCCCCUCAGUUCUCCUACGGCCUUCAGAUGGCCCGCGGGCCUCAGAGGAACCUCCUGAACAAGAGAGCGGCUCCUCCCGCAGGUCCAGGAGCCCCACCCAUGACCCCUCCCUGCUCCAACCCUCUGGCUCCACCUCCUGUUGGUGUUACUCCGCCCCCUCUACACCCAGCUCGUCCUCCUCCUGGCUGUGUGGCCACGCCCCCUCCCCCUCUGGCACCAAUGAGAAGUCAGACAGAGGCAGCCGACAGCCAAUCAGAGAGCGAGCCUGACGUAGAGGGCGUGCUGUUGGUGUUGAACCAAGCGCUGGCGGCCUGCAGACCGACUGUUAGAGACCAGGUGUGUAGUGACAUCGCAAAGAGGCUCCGCCUCCUGGAGGACAGCUGGAGGUCAGGUAGACUCAGCCUACCUGUGAGGAGACGCAUGGACACCCUGUCUCUAGAGUUACAGUCUGGUCACUGGGACUCAGCUGAUGAGAUCCAUCGCUCUCUGAUGGUCGAUCAUGUGACUGAAGUCAGCCAAUGGAUGGUCGGUGUCAAACGACUCAUCGCUGAGACCCGAAAACUGAAUCCAGAACUUUUAAAACCACUUCAAAAACCACCGGGUCCAGUCCAGGACCCUGAGGUACCAGUCCUGGACCCUGAGGUACCUGGACCCUGAGGUACCAGUCCUGGACCCUGAGGCACCAGUCCUGGACUGUUAAGCCUGCAGGGAUCGACAUGUUUCUUUCUUCUCUCAGCAGACUUUGACUAUUUUAAUCAAAACCAGGAUCUGGUGCUGAAAAUCCUCACAUUCAUUCUCACAUCUCAGCAAAGGGUCAAAGGGCAUAACACCAGGAGCAGGCAGGGGGUCAAAGGUCAUAACACCAGGAGCAGGCAGGGGGUCAAAGGUCAUAACACCAGGAGCAGGCAGGGGGUCAGUGGUUUGCUCUGGCGUGGACUGGCUUUGGUGUCGGGAGUCUAGACUCUCUAGACCAGAUGUUUCUGAAACUGAGGCUCCUCUACAGGGAGCGAGGGAAACCACUCUGGACUCUGGUCUCUAGACUUGGACCCUGGACUCUCUGGACCCACAUAGACUGUAGACUCUGGACUCUGGACUGUGACUGACCCCGUCAUGUGUCUGGACUCUCGACCCUUAACGAUCUAGAGUCAUGUGAUGUUUGCACCAAUCAGUGACCUCCUCUGCUCAUGAUCAAUAAAUCUCUGUUCUCU